GCUUUCGGUUUUCCUGCAGCCUCCGUCGCAGGCUGCAGCUCCGUGCUGCACCUACCGCGCAUUGCGUCCGCGCGCGUUUCACAUAGAUGCACCUAUAUACACGUGACAAUUUUUCUUCCGUCAUCAACGCGAGGCACGUGCGACGGACUCGGGUCAACGAGGCGCGACAGUUUCCUUGUUGCUCACGUGAACACGCAGGUGUAACUUUUGGAGCCAAAACAGCUGUUCGUUAAAUAUUCGACUUCCACAAAAUGCAUUCCAAACGCAUACUAUACCGUGCGCCGCACCUACGCAAUGUUUCGUUGUGACACUUCGCGUGCUUCGGAUGCAGUGCAGCGUCGAUGGCUCGUGGAGAUCGUUAUUUUAGAUUGAUCGACUACAGAUAUUCGUAAAAGAUUAUUUGAAAUGAUUUUCUUUUACAAGCAGUUAUAGAAAUGCCUAUACAAAAUUUGAAGGCAGAAGAUAUCCUGGAGGCUCUAGAAUCGAAGCUCGCAUAUGUUCCAGGUGGUCGUGAUCGCGACGGACGACCUUUGAUAGUAAUUAGCGUUCCAUCGGAACUCGACCCAACAACGAAACCGAAACUAGAGUCCCUCAUCUUAUAUUUUAUAUCAAUUUUUAGCGAAGAGACGAAAGAAAACGGUUUGGUUUUAAUUGUGGACGCGCGUCGCGGUGCAUGGCGCAUAGCUAGGUCUUGUAUCAGGCUAUCCACAAAUCUUAUAGGAUCUAAAGUCGUUUCUGUGAUCGUCGUACGACCUGAUGGCUUCUGGGAUAAACGUGUCGACAGUUGUACCAAGUCGCACAAAGAAAUCGAACCAAUAUACGUUACUCAAACAAGACUGCACGUUUAUAUUGAUUUUUCUCAAUUGCCAUACGAGUUAGCAGGUAACAAGGCAUACAAUCAUGUCGAGUGGAUUAAGAAACGUAUGAAAAUAGAAGAUUAUUCGAGAGACGCGUUGGAGCUUAUAUCAAAAAUGACAAAUUUGCAUCAAAGAUUAAAUACUCUCGAUGGUAUUCGUAUGACACAAUCGGACGAUGACAUAGAGUCUUAUUGGGAGAUCGGCACAGAAUUGUUAUCAACUGCACGUCAAAUACUCCAAUCAGGCAGGAGUUUAGUGAGUUCCAUGAGCAGAGAGUCCUCCAAAGAUACUUUAGAUACUAUUAAAAAAAUUCAUAAACUACUCGAUUCAAUCGAGUUAAAACAGAUGGACAUUGAAAAUUCGUGGACGGAGAUGGAACGAAAUUUUGAUACUGCCAGAGUGAUCGAAGAUCUCGAGCAAGGUGUAUCGAGCGUUACCGAUUGGAUCCUGGGUCCGGCGGACACAAUGUUGAACUCUUGUUGUCAGGUUGGUUUCGACGUUUCCUCAUCCGAAGAACUCCGAAGACAGCAUGAAAAACUGGAGCUUCAAUGUCGGGAAACCUAUGGACGAUACGCAGAAUUACUUCACAAAAUCGAUAGUCUCCCUAAUAGCAGUCUACCGGAAGAUUUAAAGUCUCAGAGAGAUUUCAUGGACUUUGUGUGCCGCAGUUUCGCUUCGCGACUUGAAAGGCGCAGAAAUGUAUUGAUCACUUCGCAGCGAUUCUUCAGGCUUGUUUCUGAGUAUUUCGACAGAACAAGCGAGGUAUUUGAACAGUUGGUUAUGGGUAGCAGAAACUACAAUUUCUCUCAAGCGAGCGUUAAACUCCUAACAUUGGAAAAAAGUCAAACAGUUUUAGAUAGUUUAGAGCGGGAACUCGUAAAAGAAGGUGAAAAACUGUCGGAUGUUCUCUCUAUGCCAGUGAAGGAUGCGCUUGGUCGAGAAGUUUGUGUCAAUUAUAACGAGGACAUCAUCAAUGUGAAAGAUAUUUUAGAUGCAACAAAUGCCAGAAAGAACAUAUUUAAUGACAGCGUAGAAAUACAGAAGCUGUCACUAAAGCAAAUAGCUUUGAUACAUAUGUACGAGAGCGAUGCCGAACAAGCUGUUAAAUGGCUAGACGAUCUAUUCAACGUUCUACUGGAGAAUCACAUGGAAGUUGGCUGUAAUGCAAAAGAAAUACAAUCGCAAAAGGAAGAGCAUCAAUCCUUUCAGGAAACCGCAAAGGGAACUUAUGAGUAUGGUGGUCAGCUGGUGAAUGGCGCGCGCGUACUGAGAUUAUCUUGCAGAAUAUCUUUAGAGUGCAACGCCAGUCUUUUUUCAAGAUUGCGACAAGCCUGGCGGCAGUUUCGAUCUGUUAGUCAGGAACAACUAACAAGAUUGCGAGUAUGCGCUGUCUUCCACAGAAACGUCGAAGAUCACUGUACCAGAUUACAAAACCUGGUUGAAACUGUGACGGCUCUACAUCAUGUCGCAAAAGACGAAGACUUAACGAAAUCACGUAUCAAGGCAGAUAUAAGAGAUAUCCUUGACAAUCGAGAGAAACUUUUAUUGGAAGUUGGUCGGAUGGUGAGAUUGGGCCGCCUUCUCAAGACGAGAUUGAAGGAACCUCUUUGUCAUCAACAAAUGUCCGAAGCCGAAGAUGCUUCGAUCCUCGGCAGUAAUCUGACAGCAGUGGAAGCUAUCUCGGCGAAAUUGGCGGAAGUUACGCGUCUUGCGGAAAAGCUGGAUGCAAGACUAUGCGAAGCUGGAGCUCGAACUCGACCAGUGUCUAUUCCUACCGCGGUGACGUCCUCCUCUUCGUCCUUGCUCUCGAUAUCUGCCAUGUCGUCGUCAAACACGCCCACCCGUACAAUUUCUACUGCGACUGCACCGGCGUCGGAUGUGACAGUCGCGUCUGUAAUUGCUCAAAUGCAUCCAGUGUCUUCGGAAACAACCAGUGCGUCUGCCACAACUAGUGUUGAUAAGUCCAUUAUUGCUACAGCUGAAACACCUGACGAAAGUUCGCUCCACAUCCGUUCACAUUCCAUGGAGGAUGUUGAAAGAUUAAAUAAAGAUGCCAAGGAACUUACCGAAAAUGCUCGUAGCGAAAGUGCAGCAGAAGAAUACAAUGUAGAGGGUUAUAUAACUGCGACUGAGUGUUCAACUACUCCACCUCUGCGUUCCAGGAGCGAAUCUUUCGUUACAAUGCCGGAAUGCGAAGAUUUUUCUACCGCGACACCUGUGACGUCUUCGUGUUCUGAUUCCACUUGGUUGGCUACCGAAACGUCUAAAUUAAUAACUACAACUACACCUCAUAUUUCUACCCCGAGCAACGAAAAUCCGCUGAAAUUUGCUGAAACAACAGCCAGUACUAUUUCUACCGUCAACGAAAUAAAACCAACGACGCGAAUUGAAAGGAUGGACAAAAUCACUGACGAGCGAUCAGGCAGAAUUGUAAAAGAAGUUACGGAAACGACUGUUUUACGCGUGUCACACGAUAUUCGAUUAGAUGUAGCCUCUUACAAGUGCGUGUCAAAUACCGUGCAAGAUCAUCGGCAACAUGUCGAUGUGAAAGAUAUUCAAAAUAUGGAGCGUGUGUUAUUAGAGGAAUCUCGUGACGAAACGAAUGGCGUUCAUCAUGAUCUUGAUCUAUCAAUCUCCAAAGAAUCUGAAAAAUAUAUCGAUAAAUCUGCAAAAACAGUUCAGCCGGAUGAAAAUGUCACAACGAAACUCACGAAGAUCCGAGAACACACGUUGAAUGAAACCUCGCGUUCUGACUUGAAAGAAUAUGAGGACGUGUCGAUGUCCUCGCAAGAUUUUUUACGACGUCACGAGGAUAGUGGUAUUGAAAUGUCGCCAAUAAAGAAAGAUGACAAUUUGGAAGGCGAGGAUUUUCUCGAGAGAGCGAGGAAGAGCGGCGAAUGGCUAAAGCUGAAAAUACUCGAGCUACAACCAGAACUAACGAAACUUGGUGCUUCCGUAAAAGAAGCGACGGAACUCUCGAAUGCGCACGAUCAAGUACUACUUCGAUUACAGAAUAAGCAAAGUCCGGUGGAGGAAUUAUUACGGCAAGCCGAUCAAUUAAUUGCGACCCAGAGACCUAGAGCGGAAGUAUACACGGCCAUGGCAGAGACGUUGGGCCAGGCUUGGCGCGAUGUGAACCAACUUUUGGAACGUCGUAAAGAGAUACUCGAUUCCAACGUAUUGUUCCAAUGUCGAGCGACAGAGUGCAAAGAGAAUAUGGAGGCGUUGGAAAUGGCGUGUAACGACACAUUACUGCCGAUCGAGAUCGAAGCAGUGAGAAGCUUUCUAACGAAGAUCCAGGAUCUACGCAAAGAUAUGUUAGAAGCGCUGAUGGGUGCAUUGCAGGAAGGCAAGGCGUUGCUGGACAAACUCAAGGAAUUAGCAAACGAGGGCACUUUAGACUCUAGGCCAGACAACGUCAAAGAUGAGGCUAAGCACGCUGUGUUACGAGUCGAAAGAUGGCUGGAGGAACUUCACGACAGAAGACGGCUCAUCGAGGCGUCUUUCCGUAGUCGGAAAACUCAGUUGGAGCAAUGUCUCGCUCUCGCACUGCUCGCGACUGAUCUUCGUGAUCUCGAAGAAAUUCUCAACGACAGGAUGGCUGCGUUAACCGCCAGUUGCGAUCAAUUGGGAGAUUCUACAUCUAGCGUGGAAUUGCUUCUCUUUGAAUUAAAGAAAUUGCAAGCCGAAGCAAAGGAGUUUCAAGACAGAGCCAUUAAGAUAACUAAAUCGACCGAACGAUUAGUGUCAUCGGGACACUUUGCUGGCGAACAAGCGACCGAACAGGCGUACGCGAUUCUUAGCGUCGCCGCCGAUUACAUCAACGACUUGGAUCAGUAUAAUGCGCUAUUAAACAGAGCAAUGAUCUUUUUCGAUUCUGCACGAUCGGCUAUCACAAAAUUGGACCAGUUAGAAAUUCAAUUAAUGACAACGGAUCAUCCUCUUUAUUCCGCGCGGCUCGCACGUUUUCACGCGCAAACUGUGACUACAAUAGAAGACGUAAUUUCAAAACCUUUGUCGGAAGGAUACGCAUUAUUGGACGCCACGGGAAGAGGAGCGCCUGGUGCCGAGGGUGUAAAAAAUACUGUCGAAGAACUGGAAAAUCGCAAGAUUCGUUUGACAGAACGGUGUACGGCUCACAAAGAGGAAAGUCUGGAAAUUUCGAGGAUGCUUACCACAUUUUUGGAUAAGCACGACGCUUUACGAGCUUGGUUGACUAGCGUCGCCGAGGCCUUUCUUCAAGGACAUCAGGACAUGGGCAGCGAUUUGGCAAUGGCAUGCGAUUUCCGUCGAGUACAUUGUCAACUGCUGACCGACCUGGAAAAUAAAAGUGAAGAGGUGGAUCAUUUAGAAUUGGAAAUUCUUCCCAUCAUAGAACGCCUGGAUGAAACACAAAAAUACGAAUUGCGAUCAAAAAUAAAAGAUCUUGAGGACGAGUGGACGAAAACGAAGAUCGCGUUGGUAAAAAGAAUCGAAUUAGGCACGAUUUAUAUACAGUUUCACGAAAUUGUCGAAGAAUUUACUAAUGAAAUCGAUUCUAUCGAUAACGAAUUGAAAAAAUGUGAGGAUGCGUUAGAUGAGGCCAGAAUCGACGAGCUGGAAAGAAGAUGGAAGUCUCUUGAACCUUUUUACAAAAAACUCGAUAAUUGUGCUAAAGCGUUCCUCGAUGAAACAAGCAAUGUUGAUGAUCCUUAUCUCGAUAUAUCGCGAGCUUGCUUGUGUGUUCAAACUCUUUUAGAGAAGUUUGCCAAUCGACAAUUGAUUGUGACAGAAUCAUGGGAAAAGUGGCAGACUACUGUCGAAAUUACAAGACAGAGGCGAAUUGAGUGCGAGCGGAAAAUUGAAGAAAGCACGAAGACAUUAGCGUGGACUUCGAAAUUUGAGACAACGCUGUAUCCAGUGAUAACAGUUCGAUCCUCUAAAAUAAUCGAUAUUCUGGAUAAUUUGAAAGAUGUAAAACCACGGGUUCUACCUGAAUUAAACAGCGCUCGUCAAGAAUUGGACACUAGAAUCAAAAACAUUCAAGUGUUUGUCGAAAAAGGUGAAGCUAAAACAACUGAGCAGAUCUCAAGAAGACUUGUACAAAUGUACGAAAAAAUAAAUACAGUUGCCAAAGAUUACGAAACACUAUUGGAAUCUUUAAUCUCCUUCUUUAAAAAUCUCGAAGAGAUUGAACAUAAAAUUGAUCAAGCAAAGCAAGAAGCCACACGUGUGUCAGGUUUUUCAAAGUCAACUGCCGUAGAUGGCGCAUUAAACGAACUCGAGAUAUUGAAAACAUUUAUUGCGGAAUCUUUGCUACGAGUACGAACGAAAUCUGAAGAAAUAAUCGACAACAUUAGAAUGCAGGAGCCUCCAGAACCAGCGACGCAAGACAUCGAGAAACUGAAACGUGCCAUCGACUCCGUGGUUAUUGAGUUUGAAUCAUUCCAAAGACAAACAUCCGAUUAUCUCGAGAAACAUCGACGACUUUGCAUCUUUAAAGAGGACAUCGAGAAAAUCAACUCGGAUCUACACGAUUUAAACGAACAGUUAAAAAAUAUAGAUGGAAGAAUCGGUGACAAUUUAUCGACAUCAAAAGCGACAUUGGCUGCUUUUGAACAAUUUGAACAAACUAUAACGAUCCUGGAGGAAAGAAUUGAGACGUUUGUGAGAAAGACUGAAGAGACGAUUGUUCCGUUAACACCACAAAUAACGGACGAGAUUUUAUCUCUGCGAAACAGAUGGGAUCAUCUGAGGAAACGCGUGCGAGAUACCAAAAAACGAAUGAAUUUAAGUAUCGAGUAUUUCACGCUCUUGGAGGAAGCCAAACAGUGGUUUAGAGAAGGCAGUAAACUUUUGGUGAUUGUCGCGCGUAAAGCUACAACUGUGAAAUUGCCUGAAGAAGCCACCGAAUUACUGCAAGAAAUUAAUGCUUAUAUCAAACCGGGUGAAGAGCAGCAGGAAAAGAGAAUUGAACAGCUGAAGCAAUUAUCGACGAUAGUUUUCGGUACAGAUAGACUUCCGCAAUUCAACGAAGUGGUGGUAGAAAAUCGGCAAAUGCUAGAUUCCUUCGAAGUCGUUUCUUCUGAAUUGCGCACCCUGAGCCAGAAUUUGCAGAAUGCCGAGGAUCUUCGGGAAAGACUGCGAAUUGAGAAGUUAGAAGCUGACAAGAAACUGGAAGCUGCUAAAAUAGAAAUGGCCGCGGCGGAAGCUGCCAGAGUGGAAGCGGAAAAUGCGAGGAAACUUGCGGAACAGCUCGCGGCCGAGACCUUGGACAAGGCUGCAAUUGAGGCGAAAAAGUUGAAAGAGGAGGAGGCGCGAAAAAUCGUCCCUCCUGUUUCUCACUCCGUCUCUGCCCAGACUGAUGAGACCGUAGUAGAAGAAACGAUUACUUCCGCCGUGACGACGAAAGAGAUUCACAUCCUUCAGAAGAUGGAAGUCGAGAAAAAUGUUCCAGUGAUUCAAAAAGAGGCUAGUCCACCAAGAAAACUUGUAUCCGAGGAAAUACACGAUGAAUCCUAUGUUGAAAACGUGCAAACAGAAAAAAUUGUAUCAUUGGCUCCAAAAUUCAUAAUUCCUUUAAGCGACGCGACGGUUCAAGAAGGCAAAGAAUUCAAUUUCGAAUGCCGUUUAAUCGGCCAGCCGACGCCAGAAGUAGUCUGGUACAAAGAUGGAAUAUCGAUUUUGAACAAUCCCGAUUAUUUAACGACUUACGUAAACGACGUUUGUACUUUGAAAAUAGAAGAGACAUUCGCUGAAGACUCCGCCAAGUAUACUUGCCGCGCGUUUAAUAUUGUUGACUCUGCCGAAACAUCAGCCACUCUCACUGUCAAAGAAACUAUCUUGGAGGAACAACCCAGCGCUCCCGUUUUCGUGAAAGAGUUGCAGGCUUCCACCGUGAGGGAAGGAUCCUCACAUAAAUUAGAGUGUACUGUUGAAGGAAAUCCUCUUCCAACGGUGCAGUGGUACAAAAACGAUACAAACAUCGACAAUUCUCCGGACUAUGCUAUCACUUUUAACAAUGGGGAAGCUAUUCUAAAGUUUGAUGAAGUCUUUUUGGAAGACAAAGCUUUAUAUACCUGUAAAGCAACGAAUCAAUGGGGACAAUCGUCUACUACUGCUUCUCUCGAUGUGCAACCCGCGCAAAUUACUACAAAGAAACCAUAUUUUGUGGUGCCGUUGUCAAAUGCGAUGGCCAGAGCGGGCCAAAAAGUAAAACUAGAAUGCGAAGCUAGCGGAGAUCCAGUUCCUGAAUUAAUCUGGUCUCACGAUGGAAAGCCGAUUGAGGAAACUAAAUAUCAUAAGAUUCAAACGGAUGGUGCUCGAACAAGCUUGAUUAUUACGGAAGCUUUUCCGAAGGACGCCGGAUGUUAUACAGUAAUCGCCAAAAACAAAGUCGGAGAGACUACUGUAUCUUGCACCGUUUCAGUGAAAGGACGCUUGCUUCACGAAACCAGCGAAUCCGAUUUGGUUGUUUGCAGCGACACGGAACCAGUAGUUCCGAAAUUUCAUUUAUCUUUGCGGGAUCUUAAAAUACAAGAAGGACAAUCAGCUAGACUAGAUUGCGUGAUUGUAGGUCAGCCUGAACCGGAGGUGAUUUGGUAUCACGACGAGCAGCCCGUGAAAGAAUCGUCAGACUUCCAGCUACUUUUCCAAGGUGAUAGAUGUUCACUAGUUAUUCACGAAGCUUUCCUGGAUGAUGCUGGCACAUAUAAAGUAGUUGCCAUUAAUUCUGGCGGCGAAGCUUCUAGUCAAUGUACAUUAACAGUUAUGCCGGCAUCUACCAUCCCGGAUGUAAUCGAUCGAAAGAAGGAAGACGAAACUCUCGUUAGUGGUUCAGCACCGAAAUUCGUUAGACUUCCGACGGAUCUGCUUGUGGCUGAGGGUGAAGAUGCGAUCUUCGAGUGUGCCGUAACUGGAGAACCGAAACCUGAUUUGAAAUGGUACUCGGACGACGGCGAAGUCAUUCAUAACGAGAGAAUUUUAAUCAAAGAACGAGAGGAUGGAACAAGAUUCUUGAAAAUUUUAUCCGCGAUACCGGAAGAUAAGGGCAAUUACGUAGCAAAAGCUAUAAACGUGCAUGGUGAAGCGAAAGCUUUUGCGAGGUUCAAAGAAGUAUUUGAGGAUAGAAGAAUACCCGAAGGAAUUUCGACAAAAUUCGAAUGCAUCGUCACUGGUAAACCUUCUCCCAAGAUUCAGUGGUUGUUUAAUGAUCGGCCGGUUCAUGGAAAAGAUUUCUUAGUGUCCGUUAGCGGGGAUCGGCAAGUUCUGACAAUUCCUGAGGUCGGGGAUGCGCACAUCGGCACUAUUUCUUGUGUAGCGGAAAACGCGGCUGGUAGAGCAGUUUGUAGCGCUAAAGUGGAAAUUGAUAGUGGAUCAGUGAAACAGAUUGCAGGUGAAGUCAAAGAAGUGCUCGAGUUAGUUCCACAUUCUCCUGCAGAUAUCAUGCAUCCUGCGAGUAGUAGUGAUAAACACUUCUCAAGCGAGAAGACGUAUCAUGAAGGUGGUGGUGAAAGUCAUGUGCUAACCAAAAUGUCAUCGACUGUCACGCAUUCCUCAACAACGUCUACGAAAAAGGAAUUCUUAUCGUCCUCUACUUCCACUUUAUCGCAAUCCGGACAAGAACCUACCAGUGUUUGCACAAAAGCAACUGUGCAAAGUUCGGAACAGUCAACUUCUGAAAAUGGAGCACCACCUGUCGUACAGUCUCACAAGAUCGAGGAGUAUGAGAAAAUCAUACAGGAUCGACCUGGCGAGGUGCGACAAGAGAAAACUGUUGUAGUGUCUGAAGAAGCGGAAGGAGUAAAACGCGAUGUCAAGACAAAUCAAAUACAAAAGCCAACCAGAAAACCGAUAGCGCCCAGGUUCGUCUCGCCGAUUACAGGGAUGAUUGUCGAUCAAGGAACGGAUGUAGUUCUCGAAGGCAUUAUUGAUGGUUUUCCACAACCAACCAUCUUGUGGUCGAAGAAUGGUCAAAAACUAACAUCGACAGAUAAUAUGAAAAUUAGUUACGCUCAUAAUCACGUAAAAUUGGAACUGAAGAAUGUCAAUAUAAAAGACGCUGGACGUUAUACCUGUACAGUGAGCAAUGAUGUUGGAAGCGCUAGUAGCACGGCUGAUCUUGUUGUCAAAAAGACAGUAUUUCCUCCGGUCUUCGGCAAGCGCCUCAAAGCUCAAGUAGUAAAAAAAGGAGAUCGCGUUAUUAUGGAAGUGGAAAUUACCGGUAUACCUGAUCCCACAGUUAAUUGGUAUAAAAACGACGUGCCGAUCAAUGAACGACCACCAGAAUUGAGGAUUAUUCAACAAGGAAAUUGUUAUACAUUGCUCAUAGAUAAAGCUAAAGAAGAAGAUGGCGGUAAAUACAUGGUGCGAGCGACGAACGCCGGUGGCGAGGCGCAGAGCAUCGCAGAUGUUGCGAUUUUCGAACCAAAGCCCGAUACGAUGGUGGAAGUGCAUAAAACUGUUGUCUAUGAAAACGUUCAGGAUAAAAAUGUUGUCCAGUCCAAGGAAAAGAGGGAAGAGGCGUCAUCAGCCAUUUUGACGAGCGAACAGGCACCAACGACAGCGAUCCAGCCAAGUCCGUUUAAAUCAAUUUCGACUCUGGCAUCGACAAUCGAUACCGUGCAAAAGAUCGAAGGGCCAGAGAUAAAAGCUAGUAAAUCGGAGACGAUAUCAUCUAUAAUCGAAUCCCACGAAACCGAAACGAAGUCGGAGCAGAAGUUGCAUAUGAAGCUGGAACAUAAAACUCCGUCCAUCGUAGAGUCUCGAACCGAACAAACGAUUGCGGUAAAGGAAGUUGACCGUGACAAAAGAGACAUUGCGGAGCCGUUGAUAAAGACGGAUGAGAAAUCAACAAUCGAGAAUGAAAACAUAGAGACGUCUACUAUCGCGAGAAAAGACGCGUUAAGCUUCUUCGAAUCGAUUACGAAGGAAAGUGAGACACUGCCGAAAGGGCCGAAGGGAAUGAUUAAACUGACGGAAGACGGGCAAGUUCAAGCAGCAAAGGUUGGAAAAUUAACGAAGAGUUAUGAGCGAGGGGCAACUUAUCAAGAAGUAAAGAAAUCGGAACCAAGACCAUCGGAGUUUCAAGCGACGAAAAAAGCUGUCCAGGAUAUUUUCACGAAGUUGGAACAAGGACCGCCGCGUGGAGUGGAGAAUAAACUGUUCGACUUCCCGUACGAGAGUCCUUCAGCGGAAAUAAAAAAAACGGCAAUAGAGGAAAAAAUAAUUUCUGAUUUGUCUAUUUCGCAACUACAGUUUCAGACAGAGAGCUCCGAAACGUUGCUGGAAAGUUUCAACCUUGUACCAGAACCACCCCCCGAGAUAUGUUACAUGCCGAAGCCGGAAGAGGUGAAAAAAAAACGACCCGAUGUGUUUGUCAAGGCGAAACAGCUUCAGGAGUCCUUUGAGAAAACCCUGUCCCCGAUAGAUGCUCCAAUCGGAGGUGUCAAAAUCUUUCCUACGCCGUCCACCCCGAAAAUACCGGAACCUGUCAAACCUACGGAACCUAUUCCCGCAUUUACGAUACCGCCGCCGUUCGAACUCGAAAAGAGAGAAGUGUUUGAGGAAACGUGCGUAAAGAAAGACGCGCACGAGAAAAAGGAAAGCGAAUACUUUAAGGAAGAAAAGAUAGAACCAUCGAAGUACGCAUCGAUCUUGAGAAGUACUUCUCCCAUCAGACCGUGGUCAUCGUCAUCGGAUGUGGAAACCAAGUCGCAUGUGUCUACAGACCUUUCGGAAUACAGAUGUUACUCGGCUGCAUCUAGCCACCAAGAAACUCUGAGAUCAAUGUCGCCAAAGCCAUCUGCGGACGCAUUGGCGAUGGAAAAAUCCUGGGCGAAAAAGUGCGCGGAUUCGAAUCGAAAGUCAUGGCCACCGCAGACUGAAACUUUUGGUCAGAAGUGGAAUAUUCCCGUCGACGAAUACAAGAGCUCCGCAAAAGAGUUUAAACAGAAGGUCGAAGAAACACCGCAAGGUGGAAUAAAGAAAACUAGCACGGAAUCUUCGACCAGUAUAGAGAAACGAUCGUGGAGCAGCAAAGAAGAGUUCACGGAGAAAAUAGUGGAAGCACCGCCGAAACUUGGUCCGAUAAUUUAUAACGCCGAAACGAUCAAAGUCGAUCACACGGUAACUCCAAUACAAGAGAAAGCAUUGUUUGAAAAAUAUAUAAGUGAGUGCAAUGUAGAGAAAGCAGAAACAACGCAGAAAUUUGAAGAAUAUAGCUCGAAACACUGGGCAGAGGACAAAGAAUUAAAAGCGCCUAGCUUGGUACGAAAAAUCGAGCCAGCCGCGAAAACGUCGCUCGUAACGUCGCGUCGCCUUCCGGAGACGGAAGUGGACUCAAUCGUUCUCGAACCGGGAUCACCUCCGGAAAUUGGAUAUAUUCCACCACCUUUUGUAAAAGAGACAGCUAUAUUGGAAAACGCAAAAGUGGAACAGAGGGAAGAACCGCCCGUGCUUCCGCCGAAAGAUGUGCGCAUUACACCACCGCCUAUUCCGGCUAAGAAACCUGUGAAGCAUUCAACGCCAGUACCAUCAAGAUUUGUUAAAGGUCCGUUCAGCCACGAAAGUGAUUAUGAGUCUGAUUUCGACAGUCGUCCGAAAGCAAAGUGGAGACCUUACGAGAGUGACAAUGAGGAACCGCAUUACAGAAAAGUCCAGGCGCCCAUUUUGAAACAACCGACGAGGCCGAGAUCCACCGAGCCCGAGCCACUUCCGCCUUCCAAAUUCGAGACUCCUGCACAGUUUUCAGGGCCAUCGCUCGUCACAGAAUCUUCCGAAAAGACAACAAGGAAGAUGGCGUUUAAACGGCACGAGAGAGAAUCCAAGCAGCAACAGCAGCAAAGCUCGAUUCCUUUAAAACCCGGUUCUCCACCGAUUUACGUACAACAGAGUGUGAAAAAUUCUGCACCAAAAUCUCCGUCCGUUAAAAAACCGGAAUCCCCGAAAUUCAAAACAAAAGUUUUUCAUCAAGAAAGCGGUUACAUGGCGGACACCGACGAGCCUUUCCAGCAGAAAGCUUCGUCUACGACGACGCAGAAGUUUAUUGGAAAACGCGAAGGUUCCUCGACGACGGUUCACACGGAGAGUCAUACUACAUGCUCAGAAAGUAGAACGAAAUCUUUUGAAAGCCACAGUUACGAAAGCGAUCGUUUGCGAAAGGAAGAAUCGUCGUCUUUCGUCUCGCCAUCUAUUUGCAGUACACAGCCGGCUCCGAAAUUCGUUCAACAACAACGCAGCUCGUUCGAGAAAAGCUACGCCUCGUCGACUAGCAGCGGUCUACGCAGAUUCGAGUCCGUGAAGGAAACGGGGCAUUCCAUAGAUCAGUUGUACAAAAAAUUGGAACCAGCGGAAAAGGUUCUGCCAGCCUCUCCGAGUCCUUCGAAAUUUGUGAAGGGCGACUUCCGCGAGAGCGACUAUGAGAGCGACUACGAUGGCAGAACACCGCCCUACCGUACAGCCAGCUCAAUGAAAUUUACUGCUACUGAUUCAGGGAAGCCAACGGAGCCGAGUUCACAUCGCAAGCAACAUACAGUGGUCGCGACAAAACCGAAAACAGUUCUCUUGCCCGGCUCACCGCCGGAAAUCGCAUACGCGCCGCCACAACCGCAGCAACAAUUUUACGAGGCACGCACCAGCGCGCCGUUUACCAACGCGGUGGGCACAGAGACGAAGAAAACUGUGAGGAUGGACGAAUCAACGGAGAAUACUAGAAGAAUCGUCACUGUCGAGCAAACGAGUCGCGUUAUCAAAUUCGGCGACACUAAUGCCGCACCUGUGCCGAAACAGCAAAGUGCGCAUUACCGCGUGCCAACACCGAAGAAAUUUGUGCAAGGACAAUUUCGGGAGUCCGAUUACGAGAGCGACGUGGAUUCUAACAAAAUCCGGCCGAAGUGGACUCCAGCGAACAGUGACACGGAAGAUCUGUGUUACCGGAAAGUUCAACCACCCACGAUAAAAAGUCCAAGAUCAUCGAGUGCGUCAGUGAGGCAAAUCCCAUCGCCGAUGGAAUUCGACACCGGUCCUCCGACGACGUCGUUGACGCAGAUCCGCAGAGAAAACACGGAUAAAAAGAUCAACUUCCAAAGACACCAGCAGCAUACAACUUCUGAAAAAACCGACAGCAUUCUACAGCCUGGAUCGCCGCCCGAAUACGGAUUUAUUUCAAGGGGCGACGUAAAAAAAGCAGCGGACCACAUCGCGUCACAUCAUAUGAGUGACAUGACAAGCAGCUUCAAGUCGAAAACUGAAAAAUUUGUAAGCGAUAUCCAGUCAGACUUGAGACAGAGUAAGCCGAUUCUGAAACAUCCUGUCGACUCGAGGACGACCGAUAGCGACGAGCCAAGAACUUAUAGAGAAGAAUCGCGACUCUCCGAACACGGAACAAAACAAAUCGAUCCGGACACUGGACUCAUAUACUUCAAAUAUGACUUUGGUUACGAAUUCGGUAUCGUUUUGCCCGGCGAGGGCAAGAAAACGGUCGAAAGCAGCAAGAAGACCAUUCAAGGGCAGAGACGCGCGAGCGAUAUAGAAGUGCCUAUAGUCCACGAGUUUACCGAGAAGAAAACGAAUGGCUUUACGAAGAAAGACACAUUUUUGAAUCGGCAGAGCAAGUCGGGAAGUAAAUUCGGAAGCUCGAAGACUGUCAAAUGGGAACCGACAUCGGAGAGCGAGUUUUCCGAAGCUGAAGACACGAGGAAUCUCAAUAAGAAGCAGUCGAGUAACGGAAGUAUAGAUAGCUCGAUGGCUCCACCAAGUCUAGUCAUACCUAGCUCCGUGUCACCGUCUAGGUGGGAUCACAUAACGCCCAGUCCACUUUCUCUCAGUCCAAGCCUACCGAGCCUCUCUCCCAGACAAAGUAGCGUCACUGGACCACCUAGCAAUGUGGACUCUGCAGGUUCGCCGUGGCCAACCAGCAAUGGUGUAUCAUCAAACAAGGAAGUGAUUCAGCCUUACCUCGAUAUAUUACCGAAAAAAGCUCCUAUUUUCAUCACGCCAUUGAAAGAUAUCGCGGUAGUGAGCGGACAUCCCGCUAGAUUCGAGUGCAUUGUUCAGGCUGAACCGCAACCUAAUAUUCUUUGGUCGAAGGACCGCAGGAUUGUCGAAAACUCUGCGAGCCACGAAAUCCAUUACAGGAACGGUGUUUGCCGCCUUACUAUAUUGAGAGCUUUCUCCGACGAUGCCGGGACUUACGCAUGUACGGCAACGAAUAGCCUAGGUUCCACCGUAACUUCUGCCAACUUGGAAGUGUCAGGUAAUAGACGAUCUCUAUAUGCUGCCUUUUCGUAAAAAUGAGGAUAGGAACAAUCGAAGGGAAUAGAUGCAAAAAUAAUGGAAGUUUCAAUUCUUAAUUUCGGUCUAUUGGUGUCGGAUUUGCAUACAUAUCAUUUGAUUAUUGCUUAAUCAGCUCGCAAACUAAUACGGUGAAGGAAAGGUAAUGCUCGAGGUAUUUUCUACACAAAAAGAAAUUCUUACAAACACUUAAGAAUAAAUAUUAAGUAUAAUAAUUCGAUGUUAAGAUGCUGUUUUAGCUUGCUGCUUGUUGGGAAUGAAAAGAACAAUUUAUCACUAUAUAAAAAAAUAAAAAUGAGUGAUAAAUAAGACAAGAGCAAGUUGGCUUUGUCUCAAUUCGCAUAAUUGUUUCUUUUGCAUUUCAUAAAAACGUACGAGCUAAUGUCAGGUGACAAAAGCUAGUCAAUUAAAUCGAACUAGUCGAUAAUGAACAAACAAACAAAAAUGCGAAAGUUAAGAAAAUGCUACAUAGAUUAUUUUUGUCAUGCUAUGAAUGAUUCUCUGGUGGAUCAUGCUAUUGGAUGGAUUAAGAAAAGCUUUUGAUUCUUUGCAUAUCUACGUACUUUAUCUCUUGUCUAUGUUUACAUCUUAUUUCUCUUUCAACUAUUCUUUCCUUUCAUUAAAACAAUAUAUUUCCAAUUUGUCUUUAAGUAUACCUUAAUUACUUCUUGCCAACGUUGUUAAAACUAAAAUCACAAUACUCUCUUUUUAAUCAAUCUUCGCGAAAGCGAGUGACUGGAAAUGAAAUCGCUGAUAAAAUAGAGAGUAAAAAUAGUUUCCUAUUUUAAAAUCCAAAGAUUAUUUUAAAUCAUUCUCUAUUUAUGUAUCGUGAUAUUGUUGAAACAUACUAGUCACACAUUAUUUAAAAACAGUAUAAUAAAAUUAUUGUUUAUGGAUAAACAUGAAAUAAAUUCAGUAGAAAUAUCCGAUCGCUCUAAAUGCGGUUUCUCACUUUGUAGGUUAAUAAGUUUCUACGUUAAUUGUCUUUGCUUAAAAUGCGAGAAAUUAAUGUUUCCUAGCUAGACAAAAAUGCGGGAAUUUGUUAUGGGACUAUGCUAUAAAUCUCAUAUUGUUAGCUCCUUGCGUCGAUAGUUGUCAGAGAUAAUUCAUACGCAUUUAAAUGUACAGCGCAAAAUGGUACAGUCACGAAAAACGGCAUUUUUUCAGUAAUUUUAUAAAAGCAUACAAUAUUCUUUAAGUUACGUAAAUGAAUAAUUUUUAAUAUUUAAGGAACGGCUAAAGACACUUUCAAAGAUAUUUUAACAUUCUCUCAUCGCAAGGGGUUAACUAUUAUUUAUUAAUAUCACAUAAUGAUACUUAUAUACUAUGUAAAUAAACGUGUGCUUCCUCAACAAAAUAUAAACUUGGGUAAUGGUUUAACGAA